AUGUUGACAAGGUCAUUUAUCUGGGUAAGAGAAACCUUCUCUUCAGAGUCAACAUCACCCAUCUAUACUCGAUUUGGAACAUACAUCCCAUUUAAUAAUGAGAAUUAUAUAUUUAUUAGGUGUAAGACGGAGAAGGAUUAUAAGUAUGCACUAACUGCUACCAACCACUUUUAUAACUUUGGAAGACAACUUACGCCUGAAGCUAUAGAUAAACUAUUCAUCACUACAUUAAGAUGCAACCAAUUGGAUCAAGCCAUAGAAUUAAUUCAUGGAUCAUCGGACUGGCUAAUUAGGCCCCCAAGGUUGAGCUUGAUUUACUUACUUUUGGGAGAUUUGAUGUCUAAAGGAGAUUUUGACAGGGUUUUUAGGCUAUACAAAAUUCUAAGAACCUCUUGGUAA